AUGAAUUCAAACCCUAUUACUGCUUUACUUGCAAAUGAGAAACUUACUGGUGAUAAUUUUAUGAAAUGGAAAUCAAAUAUGAACAUUGUUUUUAUCUGUGAGAACCAUAAGUUUAUCUUUAUUGAGGAAUGUCAUGCUGCCACUGCUCCCAAAACUGCUAGGGAGAAGUAUGAUGCUUUGAUUUUAUCCAACAACAAGGCUAAGUGUUACAUGCUUGCUAGUAUGAGUGAUGUAGUCAGAAAAAAACAUGAAGACUUGGAGACUUCAUAUGAGAUAUGGGAGUCUCUUCAUGCCAUGUUUUGA